GAGAGACAGAGCAGGGCAGCGCAUCCUUCCUUGGCGCCCAUCAUCUCUUCAGGACAUCCACGCUCAUGUGGUCCUGAGCUAAAAGACACGACCGAUUUCACGGAAUGAUCACGUCGCUUACCACCUCCCGUAUUGAUUUCAUCGGUGGUUUUAUUGAUCCAGCUGAGUCUCGAGCAUGAUUUCUUCCCUUGCCGCGUUUGGAAGUGACUGGCUGCAGGUGUACCAGGCUGGCUUUGGCAGUAUGUAAUUUGGAGAGCGACGUUCAAGUGCACUACUUUUGGGAGCGUGUAUUCUUUGCUCUUAAAAAAAAACCCGUCUCUGUUCUUAGUAGCCCAGGACAGCCUCUCAUUCACCGCAAUGGCUCUUUGAAUUGACAGCACGGUGAUCUUAACCAUUUGGAAACUGUUGUGCAGGACUGGUUUGAGGAAAAAAUGAAAGCAUCAAUUCCUUUUCUGAUCCUACUUCAUGCACUUGUGGUCCAUUGCCUGAAAGUGGUGUCAAAGAGAGGUUCAGUGGAAGGAUGCACUGACUGGUCCGUGGACUAUCUGAAAUACAAGGUGCUGCUGGGCGAACCUGUUCGGAUUAAGUGUGCUUUAUUCUACGGAUAUAUCCGGGCCAACUACACGCAUGCUCAGAGCACAGGGCUCAGCCUGAUGUGGUACAAAAGUGCAGGGCACGGUGACUUCGAAGAGCCCAUCAGUUUUGACGGCACACGGAUGAGCAAGGAGGAGGACGCCAUAUGGUUUCGACCAGCUGAAAUGGACGACGUGGGGUACUAUUCCUGCGUAUUAAGGAACUCCACCUACUGCAUGAAGGUCUCCAUGUCUCUCACAGUAGCAGAAAAUGACACAGACCUCUGCUACAACUCCAAGAUGAGGUUCUUUGAGAAGGCAGAGCUGAGCAAAAGCAAGGACAUCACCUGCACUGGCAUUGAAGAUUACAUCCAGCCAGGAGUGGAGCCUCAGAUUGUGUGGUACAAGGAGUGCAAGCCAAAGCAGUGGAGACAGACAAUCGAGAGAAGGAGCAACAUCCUCUCCAUCAAGGAAGUUUGGGAAGAUGACAUUGGGAAUUACACCUGUGAAAUACAGUUUGGAAACUUUGUUGUACGGAGGACCACGGAGCUCUCUGUCACAGCUCCUUUGACAGACAAACCACCCAAAAUCAUCUCCCCAUCCGAGAGCCAGACUAGCAUCAUUGAGAUGGCACCAGGAAGUCCGGCCAACCUGACGUGCAGAGCGUUCUUUGGCUACAGCGGCGAUGUCAGCCCGCUCAUCUACUGGAUGAAGGGGGAAAAGUUCAUUGAGGAUCUGGAUGAGGAGCGGGUCCAAGAGAGUGACAUUAAGACAAUCCGUGAGCACUUGGGGGAGCAAGAGGUCUCCAUCUCUCUCACCAUUGAUUCUCUGGAGGAGAGCGAUCUGGGUAACUACACCUGCUACGUGGAGAACGGCAAUGGUCGGCGACAUGCGAAUAUCCAACUCGUCAAGAAAGCGGAGCUCAUGUACACAGUGGAGCUGGCCGGCGGUCUGGGUGCCAUCCUCAUGCUGCUCAUCUGCCUGGUGACACUCUACAAGUGCUACCGGAUCGAGCUCAUGCUCUUCUACAGGAACCACUUCGGCAGUGAAGAUUUAGACGGAGAUAACAAAGACUACGACGCCUACCUGUCCUAUACAAAAGUGGACCCCGACCAGUGGAGUCAGGAGACCCGAGAGGAGGAGCGCUUUGCCCUGGAGAUCCUGCCUGACGUGCUGGAGAAGCAUUAUGGGUAUAAACUCUUCAUUCCAGACAGGGACUUGAUCCCCACAGGAAGUUUCACCAGUGAUCAUUUCCAGGAUGACACCAGACUACUUAGAGCUUACAUCGAGGAUGUUGCACGCUGUGUGGACCAGAGCAAGCGCCUCAUCAUUGUGCUGACGCCCAGCUACGUGGUGCGGAGGGGGUGGAGCAUCUUUGAGCUGGAGACGCGUCUGCGAAACAUGCUGGUAACAGGAGAGAUCAAGGUCAUCCUAAUCGAGUGUGCCGAGUUGCGUGGCAUCAUGAACUACCAGGAAGUAGAGGCCCUCAAACACACCAUCAAAAUGCUGACAGUCAUCAAGUGGCGCGGGCCAUCCAGCAACAAACUGGAGUCCAAGUUCUGGAAGCAGUUGCUAUAUGAGAUGCCGUUCAAGCGCACCGAGCCACUGAGCAUUUCCCACGAGCAAGCAUUGGAUGUCAGUGAGCAGGGGCCUUUUGGCGAGCUCCAGGCGGUGUCGGCCAUCUCCAUGGCGGCGGCAACCUCCACCGCCAUGGCGACGGCACACCCGGCACACCCCACACUCCACAACUCCUACCACACCCAGAUGAGACAAAAACACUACUACCGUAGUUACGACUAUGAGCUGACGCCAGGGGGGACACUCCCUCACCUGUCCUCCAGCAGGAACCAGCACACGUACUGCAACAUCCCCAUGACGCUCCUGAAUGGACAGCGGCCUCAGUCCAAGUCCCCGCGGCAGCAGAGUUUGGAGGAAGGCCACAACAACAAUGCUAUGCUGCCACUGCUUCCCCGAGAGACGAGCAUAUCCAGCGUCAUCUGGUGACAGACGCCCUGGACGGCCAGUUCUUAUCAAAGUGGAAUGACAAAAAAAAAGCAGCUGUCUUUCUCCAUGCCUGUAAGGACACAUAAACAUAAGCCAACACCGGCUAAUAUGGCUGGGAAAGUGUCGGAAUACAGGGUCCUGUACAUAGUGUUUGUAAUUCUUUGUAGCAUUUCUUUUUGUUGAUGACAUUCUUUAUGUUGUGAGUUGGGACUCUUUGUGUUUGGGUUUCUGAAGCAACGUAUUGUGUGUGUGUGAGUGUGUGUGUAUGAAAGGGGGGUUCCAAUGGCGGGUGUGGGAUGGAUCUCCAGGAGCGACGUCUCACACAAACUCAGGAGUCACAAGCCCCAAAGGGCGGGAGUGAUACUUGAGAAAUGCUUGGCUUGCAUCGCUCUUCGUAUCUGGAUGAUGAUGUGGACUUGUUACUUACCUUAACAAAUGAUUCUAUCACAGAAAAUCAAAAACGUGUAUUAUUUUAUGAAAAGAGUAUAUUUUUGUAACAGAGGGUUAUUUGCGUGUGACGGAAGGACUUAAAUAGCAAAGAAAUUGCUUAGCUUAGUCAUGCAGAAGUACAUCACUCUCAGCCCUCUAAUGGACAUCCACUGUAUGUCUUACAUAGACAUAAGAGGGAGCAAAAAUACAGUACUGAAGUGCAAAAGUCUUUGGCUGGUUUUAUAUCUGGAACAAGAUUGUCCCAGAACUAUUCGUAAAAGGAGAAAAGUUACUGUAAAAUGUAACAAUUUACCCGGGAAGUAAUUAUUACAUGACUUAAAAAAACAAGAAAACUUUAUAAUUUAGGUUUUCUAGUGGCAAGUGCCAUUGACAGAUGUUUCGUGGGAAUACGCUUGCAAUUAUCCCGCAAUCUCCCAAGUUUUCUUGCGACUCUUGUUGACGAGCCGUUUAGCUUCCUGUGUAGUAACAGUAGUGGAAAAAUGGCGACUGAAGCAACAUCCAGAUCGUUGACAGAGCACUGACUGUAUAUGUGUUCCUCCAUCUGUCAGUUAGCAGGCCUCUUCUGGGUUCAUGGAGGAAUAAAUGACUGUAUCCACUCAGUAAAAUGUAUUUUUGUGUAAUGCUGCUAUCUGUAUCUAUCUCAUCUAGUCUAUCCUGUUGGAUCAGGGGCCGGCGACCCACAGGUCUUCAGCCUCGUUGCUGUGGCUCCUUUCACAGUGCUAGAAUAUUAUGUUUACAAGUGGAGAAAAUGCCCAUUUUUGAAGGGUUAAAAAUAUAAGCUAGUGGAUGCAUCAUAGCUGACCCCUAACAAAGAUAGUGUUGCCCUGAGACUUUUGCACAGUACUGUAUUUGGGUAAAGUCGUAAUUGUAAAGGGUAAUAGUGUUAACACUGUUAGCGCACCCCUGGUAGCACCUUGGAAGGAUCGGCAGCACCUUGAUGCAACUACGCUGCUGAUGAUGGGGACGGAGGACAGAAGGAAGUGUGUCAUCACCCGAGGCCACAUCCCGUUCCGGCUGUCGGACUAGGGCUAAACCGCGUUAAGCCGAGCACCAUCCCAUCUUGCCAGCAGAACAGAGGCCAGUUAUUCAAUAGGGCUUUGACCUUCCAACUCAGGUUGAUGUGUGUUAUUAGUUUUGUGUGUGAAAGCAGGAAUCAGUCAUUUAAUGACUGCAUCUGGGUCAUUAUUUUUAUUUGUAUUUUUUCUUUUGUAAAGUGUAAUUUUCUUCAAAAUAAGUGGCAUCAAAAGUUUCUAUCCCAAUGGCAACAGUUACACUCUGAUGCAGGAUGUGCCUAUCGAAGAAUAUAAUAGUCCUGCCUUUGCAACUCUAGGUCACUCACGGUGGUUCACUAUUUUCAGAGCUGUUUGACAGGGUUGUGCUUUGUGAAUGUCCUUUACUUGUUUCAUGUUGAAUGAAUGAGGGUGGAUAUGCGAAGUAAGGAGACCAAUUCGCAACAGACGUUAUCUUAAGGCACCUUUUACUGUAGGAGAACCAAAAGAUAUAAAGGUCAAGACAUUGGAGCGGUCAGGUGCUCGGUUGGUUCUGCCUUUUAGCAUUUUUACAACGAAAUGAAGAAGAAAGUAUGUGAAAAGACAAGCAAGUUCAAGGGAAGCAAUUGUUGCGGCAUCACUGACCAUAAAGUUUCUCAGACCAAAGCUGGUUCACCCCAAGGGCAAAAACCAGCGUAAUGAGGAGUGCAAUAACCUCUACACUGGAGAGACCCAAGAACUUAACUAAAACUUCCCAUUUAAUGCUAAAAUUGACCUGUUGGGUCUGUCCGUUAGGGAUGGUCAAUAUAGGGUUGGUAAACAAAAAUACUGUAUGUCCUUCACAUAUCCCAUAACAACUUGUUUGUGGCCACUCAUCCACUCAUUGAAUGAGACGGUCUAUGAGAGAUGUUAGGAGACAGUAGGUCUCCAAGACAAUAGGUGAUGGCGGUCUCGCCAAGGUAGAGGCCAUUGCACUCCGCACUACCCGACAGUUUGUCUGUGGGUGUUCAACAAACAAAAAGAGUCCAGUUGCCCAAAUUCAUUCUGAAUGGCUAGGAAUCAACACAAACACUUCAAACACUUUUUCAUCAAAAAAAGUUAUAUUGACCUAGUUAUCUUUUUGUUGUCUUUUUAUUGACAGUUUCAUUGAGUUGCAACAACAGGCCAGUCUUAUGUGUGUUUUUUUUUUUAAGCUGGGAAACUGAAUUGAAAAAAAAUGUGGCGAGGAUGGUGCACAAGCAAAGUAGUGUGCACGUGACUCUGCAUUGUAAAAAUACAAAGAUGAAGAUUUAGAAGAAGACAAUCGAGCCAUAACAAUCCCACUGAGUGCUUUGCAAAGCGGAAGCAGUCAUUCAGGAGGGAGUUUCAAAGUCCCAUUGCACCAUUAUACAAUAUGUUGUAAGUGGAUGCCCAUUUUUCUCUCACAAUAUUUGUGUUGACAUGACUGUGAUGAAGAUGAGUAAAAAUGACAAAUAUAUAGCACAGUAUUAAUUCCAGGCACUUUCACAACAGCGGGGAGCCAAGGGUCUCUCCUGUUUCCGGCGUAUUUUCUAUCAUGUAUAUGCAAUGUACAUGAAAAGAGAUCAUGUUAUUAAUUAAAAAAACACAUUUACAGUCACACCACCCUAGUCGUUUGUGUCUUUGUGUGGAAGGACAGUGUCCAGUGGAACCUGUGUGAUCUUUUAGAGACCGUCACACAAUAGUUGGAUUGACAGUAGUGUGGAGUAACUUUUUAAAAAAUUUGAAAACCUGUGUCAUUUUUAAGAUGCUUCUACUGAGAGCUUAGCUCAAAGGGUGUUUUGUUCCAUUACAACUUAC